GUGAUCUUUUCAAGUUGAGAAAAUUUAUGUAGGUAUGAGGACUUGCAAAACAAGUCAUUCUUGUUGUUUUGAUGCUUGUAGUCAGACGGUAGUAAAAACGGUGAAGAAGUCAAUAGUGUUGAAUUACCUGAAGACCGAAGAAUUUUUUAAUUAAAGACUCGACAUUUUCAUUGCAUUCUGUGACUCCACAAACUCGAGAAAUUCAGAAAUGGAUACGAACGACUCGAGCAUUUCAGAAAUGAUCGUCAAAGACUCGGGAAUUUCGGAAAUUGGCACUAAAGACUCGGAAAUUUUAAAAUUUGGCACCAAAGACUCGGGAAGUUCUGAAGAAUCUUUAUUGUCUACGCUGCUGGAAAAACUGACGAUAAUUCAAAAUCUGCUAGAAGAUGAGCAACGAAGACUUCGUAAAGAACUGACGAGAAUUCAAAAUCUGCUAGAAGCGACAUACGAGAAAACCGACAACAAAAUACUCAAUCUAAAGUUUCUACCCCAGAUACACAUCAAUGAAUAUCACAAUUUUGUUGGGUUGUCGCAAGAAUGGAAUUGCGUUGACAAAUCAGUGAUGCAUCGCGAAAAGUUUGAAAUGAUGCAAAAACAUUGGCUUGAACAUCCAAGUGAUAUUAGAAUUAAAGGCGAUGUACGUGUAAUUUUCAUGAACGAGUUCUUGAUUGGCGAAGGAAGUGGUGGAACCUGUGUUUAUCUUGGUUUGGGAAAGGAUGGUUAUGGAAAAGCUGUAAAACGAAUCCUUAAAAGUAGCUGUCCCUAUCUUGCUCUACCAGAAAAGAAUGUUUUAAAUGAGCCAAACGCAAAGAAGUCGAAGCAUGUUGUAAAGUAUUGGAACUUCGUAGAAGAGGAAGGAGAAGAUUUUGUCUAUUUGAUAUUAGACUUGUGCGAACAAACUUUGACAAGUUUUGUUAAGUCUACUAGUUUAGAUAAACUUCGCGAAGCCCUUCCCGAAAUCUUUAGACAAAUUUUAAAUGGAUUAUCUGAUCUUCAUAGUGGCCCAAGCUCUAUUCUUCAUCGAGAUUUAAAGCCAUCUAAUGUUCUUCAAGACGUGGAAGGCAAAUUUAUGAUAGCUGACUUUGGCAUUAGUCGAAUAUUGAAAAGUGGUGAUAAAUCAACAUAUCGAAGCAGUCCUGGUAGAGGAACUGAUGGUUGGUCCGCUCAUGAAUCCUUGGAUGAUGGUCGUUACAAGAAAGAGUCUGAUAUAAUGAGUGCAGGAAUGGUGGCUUAUUAUGUUGCAACAAAAGGAAAACAUGCUUUUGGAACUAAAGAGUAUAGAUUGAAAAACUUGUCAGAUGGAAACCCUGUUGGCUUGAAGAAAAUCGAUGAUGUUCAACUAAAUGAUCUUCUUUCAUGGAUGCUACAGCAUAAGCCUGAACUCAGGCCAUCAGCCAACGAGGCGUUAAAACAUCCUUAUCUACAAACCAGUGAGGAAAUGUUUGACAUGCUGUGUGAUGUUGGGAACCAACCGGAGAUAAAACAACCACAAUGUCAAAAUUCAGAUGUUCGUAAGCUGUUGGAUUGUCAUUCAAAAUGGAUGGAGCUUAUCGACGAUGAAGUAUUAGAAGAGUUCACAACUUUUCAAAAUAGUAACAGAAGAGUUAAUUAUGAGUCGUCAUGGGCAAGUUGUUUAAGAUUUAUGCGAAACGUUGACCAACAUUGGCAAAAUAAACCUCGUCCGCAUCUAUCACAACAUGUGAAAGAAGGAAAUUAUAAAAAGUAUUUCCUGCAACGUUUUCCCGAACUUCCUCUUCUGGUGCACAAAGUCAUAAGGUUGACUGACUGGAAAACAAGACCUGAUCUCAAAAAACAUUUCACGAAGUCAAGUUCAUUUUCGUUUACCUGUCUUGAAGAACCAAGAAGCAGUGCAUCAACAUUCAAAGUUGAAGAAAAAAGAAAAAUUAAUCUUCUGAGUGCCGAGUCAACUUCAAAAUUUGAUGAACUUUCCACUCCCAACACAGUCGAAUUUAAAGAACGUUUUCUCACAAAGGAUCACAAAAUUAAAGAUAGCGUCCAUGAAAAUUUGAAAAGUUUUCCUUGGCUUUGUGGUAAGUAUGGUACAUCACGUCCUACUGAUGAGAUGAAUUAUCGUCACAUGUAUCUUGAAGUUGACGAAUCAAAGACUGAGGAUGUUUUAAAGCAAGAAAUCGAUGACAAAUUUGAAUGGAAAGCUUCAGAUUUCAUCGAAUUACGUUAUGUUGACCCACAUAAGAAUCCAGUCACAUCAACUGGUGCUCGGUUGACAUCGGAAAUUACAGGUACCGAUGACUUUCAAUUCUUCAAAAAAAAAUUUUCUCACCGACGAUUUCAAAAUGAGCAAUGACGUGCAUAAGAAAUUGAAAAGCUUUGAUUGGUUUUGUGGAAAAUGUGGAACAGCGGGUCCAACUGACCAGAUGCCAUAUCUUUACUUGUACAUGGUCGUUGAUUACGCUAACGGAAAAACUGAUCAUAAUAUGAAACAAGAAAUCAACGAGAAACUUGGUUGGCAAGCUUCAAAGUACAUCGAAUUCCGACCAAACGACCCGUCAAAGAUGUGGAAGGUUCGACCUCUAUCCAACAAGCGACUCGAAGUGGAACGCGAUGAUAUUCCUUACAUGCGAUCCAGUGGCACGUUGACAAUGUUCCGCAUGAAAGAUGGAAAACAAUACGCGUUGAGCUGUUUCCACGUUGGUUAUGAAAUUGGCCGGAUACGGAACGAUGACGUUAACCCGUUUUUGGCAAUUCAAGAUGAAAUUGAAGUAAACAGAAAUGCCACUCAGCGAUUUAUGGAAGAAAAUAAAUAUUAACUCUCAGAUGAUGACGAAGUUGUUGGUAAUUUUUCCCAUUUUGAUUUUGGACGUGAAACUGAUAUCAUGGCCAUCAAAGUUGAUGAAGUUAAAAUGGAAAAUAUUUCAGAUGAAAUGGAGAACUAUUCUCAUGACGUAUUGUCGAGGCUUUUUCUUAGAAAGCAUCGUGGUGAAAAACGCAUUGUUCAAAAAGCUCAAGAAAUUUUUGGAAACAUUGAGGAUCUAAUGUUUAAUUUUGAUGACGAAGACGGAAGACCCGUAUUUUGUAACGCAGUGUUGGUAAAAAGUGAUGUUAAGUUUCUAAUGGACGGAGAUUCAGGAUCUCUUGUGUAUUUUUGUGAUGAUGAAAACAAGAAAAAACGACGUUUUGCAUAUGGUGUUGCUGAAUUGAGGAAGAAAGACCAAAACGGAAAAGUGGAGACGUUCUACAUUUGCUUGAGAUUAAAAGAUGCUUUGGAAAAAUUGGAACUUACGAAAAAAAAGUCGUAAAAUUGAAUGAAUUCCUUAGAUUGUUUAAUAUCCCAAUUUCAUUCCCAAGCAAUUUUUCCUGCAAAAUAAUUACCUUCUAUGUAACCGUAAGUAACCUUUGUUAUAAUUUUGUAGUUUGUCAUUGUCCAUUGAAAAUCAACUGCCCCUUCUUCAAAGAAAUAGUCUUUAAGAGCA